AUGAGCUUCAUCUCUAAAGUCGCAGGACUCUAUCAGAAGACCAUCAGCAAGUCGCUGAGCAUGUACGGCCUCAAGUACGAUGACGCUCUCGUAGACACGGCCGCCGUGCAGACGGCAUUGCACUGGGUCAAUGGCGAGGACUACCAGGCCCGCACCAAGCGCAUCGCUCGGGCCGCCGACUGUUCGCUUAAGCGCAUCUACUUGCCGGACGAGAUCCAGUCCAUUCAGCGCCCGCUUGAUUUCUACAUGUCUGACAAGGUCGUGGAGGCUGAGAAACUUGCAGAAGAGCGCGCUGAUCUUACGCGGUGGUAG